UUUCUGCUUUCUCUGCCGCUCUCCCCAGUUAGAAUGGCAUCCCUAAGGAAUACUCGAGAAGCUUUACUGCUGGGAUACAGCGAAGGAUGGCUGGAUGAAAUGGAAUUCCUCGCUUUAUAUGAUUUAAAUACGUCUGAAAACCUUGAAUUUCCCUAUGAUUCAUAUGAUCAGUUCAACCUCGAUGAUAUCGACGAAGCUGAGUGCAUUGCAGAAUUUCGCUUUGAGAAGCGACAUAUUCUGCAACUAGAAGAGGUGCUACAGAUUCCUGCUCUCUUGAAGUGCGACCAGAGAUCAGUGUUCACUGGAACGGAAGGACUAUGCUUGCUCCUGAAAAGGCUGGCUUACCCUUGUAGAUAUUCAGAUCUUAUUUAUCGUUUUGGCAGACCAGUACCUGUCCUAUGCAUGAUUACCAACAAAGUUAUAGACUACAUAUACGAUACCCACCACCGCAAGAUAACCAACUGGAAUAACGGUAUCUUGAACCCCGUUUCCUUACAAAUGUAUGCAGAUGCGAUUUCAACCAAAGGAGCAGCCUUAGAUAAUUGUUUCGGGUUCAUCGAUGGGACUGUGAGAGCAAUUUCUAAACCUGGUGAACGACAAAGAGUGAUGUACAACGGCCACAAAAGAAUCCAUGGCAUCAAAUUUCAAUCAGUUACACUGCCAAAUGGCCUCAUUGCAAACAUGUAUGGCCCAGUUGGUAAGAAAUAAUCACAUGUAUACUUUAGGGAGGGGAGAAUAUGAAGGUAAAUUAAAUGUUAUUUUGAUUCAGGUGUUUACCAGAUAAUUUUGGCAAGUCCCACCUAUACACCCCUUUCUGCAUCUUCAUCUCCAUUUUGGUUUGCUUUCAAUGGCAAUUUUAAUUUUCAGUUAGAAACUAGCGAAUAAGAGUCCUUUAAGAAUGCAAUCACUGGGGGAAAAGGUAACAGAUUGUUUAGAGUACUGUUUUGUGAUUACCUACCCAGCAAGUGAGUCACCUAUGGUUUUAUGAACAUGCCUACUACUCCCUUCACAAUCACAAACACAAAUAAUUAUGUGAUACUUUUUUGUUAAGAAAAGCAUAAUCUAUGAUGUAAAAACCUUUUGUCUUUCAUGUUUAUCACCACUGUAAAGAAGGAAGGAAGCAUGAUGCAAGCAUGUUAACAGACUCUGGCCUGCUAAGAGAACUACAGCGGAAUGCAAUAUCACCCACUGGGCAGCCUCUCUGUGUCUAUGGGGACCCUGCGUACCCAUUAAGGGUGCAUUUACAGGGCCCAUUCAAGAAUGCCUACUUAACUCCUCAGAUGCAGCAGUUUAAUAAGUCUAUGAGUGAAGUUAAAAUUUCUGUUGAAUGGCUUUUUAAUGACAUCAUCAAUUAUUUUAAGUUCAUGGAUUUUAAGAAAAAUCUCAAGGUUGGCUUAAGCAGUGUAGGCAAAAUG